AUGGAAGCAUACCUUGAAGAGGUACGCAAAAUCGAGAAACAAUUCUUGGUCCUAGAAUUGCAUCACGUGCCGCGUGCCGCGAACAAGGAGGCGAAUGACAUCACCAAGAGGGCUUCUCGCCGCCUACCUCAGGAGCCUGGUGUCUUUGAGGAGUGGCUCUUCAAGCCGUCAGUAGCCCCAUCCAUCGUGGGACCAGCAUCGCCUCAGGAGGAGCUCCCGCCGGCACCCCUCUCGGGUGCCCCCGCUUCCGGUCCAACCUCGGGAGCCUGUCUGCUCCUCGCGCUCGAGCCUCAGGAGGGGUGCUGGACUAAGGAGUUCAAGGCGUACCUGCUUCAGGAGACCCUGCCGGAGGAGGAGGAAGACGCGGAACGCGUGGCUCGCCAGGCCACCGCAUACUGCAUUCAGGACGACGAGCUCUAUCGAAAGCGGCCAAACGACGUCUCUCUACGGUGCAUCUCCAGGGUGCAGGGACGCAAGCUGCUUGCUGACAUACAGGAGGACGGAAACGUGUUAUCCAUUUGGGAAGAGGACCAAGGCCACUAUAAAUAG